AUGACCAAGGAGGUGAUCUUAGUACAGCGUGAUAAUUUCGCCAGUCUGAACAAACUGAGCCGAAAUCAUUUGAAGGACAGCAAGGAGAGGCAUUCCCUUGGCUAUUUCCAAGCCAGAACACAACGACUGGAGGAACUGUGGCAGGCUUGCCAGGAACGACAUGAAGCAGUCCUGGAUGACCUUUCAGGAGAUUCCAGUAAACAGAAGUCCUACUUAGAAGAGUAUGAGAGCGCCGAAGAAACGUAUUUGGAUUUGCUUACUCGUUUCAAGUCGGGCUUGGCGGCAUACCAGCCAAUCACGCAACAUAUGAACAGCAGCGGUUCAGCGGCGACGAACCGGGUGCGAUUGGAAAGAUUGACUAUCCCGAAGUUUGAUGGGAAAUACAGUCAGUGGCGCAUGUUCAAUGACAUGUUCAAUUCGUUAAUUCACUGCAACGAGACGCUAUCUGUGGUUGAAAAGAUGCAGUACUUGAAAACUCAUGUUCAAGGUGAUGCUGCAAGAGUCAUUCAACAUCUGGAUGUGAACAACGAAAAUUACGAGGCAGCAAGGCACAUGCUGCGAGAACGGUAUGACAACAAGCGAGCCAUGGCAUGGAAUUACUUGCACAAGUUCCACAACUUGCCAAUGGCAAAGGAAGAUUCUGAUUCCUCUAUCAAACGAGUAAUGGACGCCACCGCAGAGUUCAUCGCUAAUAUGAAUAGCAUCGGCGUCAACACUGAACAUUAG